ACCAAACCCUCUUCUUUCCCUAUCCCCUUCCCUCCUAUGAUCCUAUCCUAUCCUAGCUUCCAUUCCCCCUCAACCUUGCACAUCACCAUCCUCCCCUUAAUGCCACUCCUCGCCUCGCUGCUGCCGCCGCCUCAUCGCAUUCUAGAGCAUUGCUCAUGGCGGACCACCACCACCAGCCGCCGACCCCACCACGGCGCCAUCGGCGUCCCCAUGAGCUGUCCAUGGCGGCGGAGGAACGACACCAUGGGACGCAGACGGCGAUGGCGUCGGAUGACGAUCGCCACCAUGAUCGUGGCGGCUGGAUCAGGCCGGAGGAGAAGCACCGGAGCUCCGGCGUGGCGUGGGCGCUGGUGAUCCUGUGCACGCUGCUGGCGGUCGGCGUGAUCGUCGCCGGCGCGACGGUGUUCGCCGUGUACCUCAUCUACAAGCCCCGGAUGCCGUACCUGGUGGUGUCCGACGCGCAGCUGGUGCGGCUGGACUACGACCAGGGCGGCACCAUCGACUACCUGGAGGCGCUCGUCACCGUCAUGGCGAGGAACACCAACUCCAGGGCGGACGCCUCCUUCGCCCGCGUCGACCUCGCGCUCCGCUUCCACGGCGCCGACGUCGCGCGCCUCCGCGCCGCGCCGUUCGUGGUGGCGAGCGCCUCCGCGGCGCCGCUCCGGUACGACGUCGUGUCGAAGGGGCGCGCGCUGGACGCCGGCGGGAUGCGCGCCAUGGACGCGUCGCUCAAGUCCGGCGUCGUGCCGCUCGACCUCCUCGGCCGCGCGCGCACGCGGUGGAAGGUCGGGAUCUUCGCGUCGCUCAAGUUCUGGACGCGCAUCUCCUGCCGCCUCCACUUCUUCUACCCCGGCAAUGGCACCGUCAUGGCCUCCGAUCGCAACACCUGCACCUCCAGGUCGCCAUAGCCGAUCGCCAUUGAUUCCAAUUCCUCCAUUUGAUUCGUUCGUUGCAUCUCGACGCCAUCCGAGACACGUACAUUACUAUUACAUCGCACCAUUACAGAUCAUGUUUCACUUGUCAUACUUGUACAGCCAAAUAAUGCUGGUACAGUAGAAUCUCUGAAUCUACAAGAAGAGUUUAUUCAAAUUUAGCGCGAAAACAAACACAUUUAUAUUUGUAAUUCUUUAUUUUUUCUCGAUCAGUCCCCUGUUUGUACUCUGUACCACCAAAUUACGAAGUCGAUCCUAAUUCCUAAA